AUGUCAACGUCUACUGAUUUCGACGUCGAAGAGCCGCUCACAAGCUCGGUCAAACCACUAACCAAUGCAACUAUCACGGUGAGAGUUAUCAAGUCGUUUCCCUAUAGAAACGUCUAGAAUAUUGUGUUCAAUGAUUACAAUUUGCUAGAGAAAAGCGCAAAGGACCUGCUGGAAGACUCUUUAGCGCAUGUCAAAACCGCAGGCGGAUUCAGAGCUUUCCGCAACGUGGACUUUGACGGGCUCAAAGUUUACACACAUGCGCACGGAUCAAAGACAGUCAACUUGGUCAUAAAUUUCGAUCACGACGAGGACUGGAAUCUGCAAGACAUGGACAAAAAGUUGAUAGACUAUGGUAUCGGCAAUGAAACUGAGAUUUCACUAUUCAAUAAACAAGCUUAUCUGGAGUUCAAGUCUAACCCUGAGGAAAAAUGGCUA